GUCGACUCGCCGAGUCAUUCGUGAAUGCGCAAAGGAAGAGCGAGUUGAGGAGGACAGGUGGCCUCAUAUGUAAGAACCCGCUGUGGGCUCUGCUGAAAAGCCAGGGCUUUGUCGUGCAUGCUGGGCUUGGCGUGUCUAGUCACGCAUACUAGGCAAGCAUACAAACACACACACACACACACAGAGUCAGCACUCGUAACACAGUUCCCAAUGGCUAUCGAGCUAUAGACCCGUGCUCAGAGGGAAAGGUGGUAGCUGCUGCAACAACUUUCGCUUAGCCUCGCCAUCAAAGGCGUCAGUCUCUCGCUUGCUACGGCCCAGUCGAGUUGUGUUCGCUGUGGCUCUCCGCCAGUUUAUUUUGUAUUCACCUCCUUAUAUUGUAUUCUCGCCUUGAAUUUUUUUUUCUUUUUCUCACUAAAGUUUGGAUUUACAGAGUGAAAGAAAGUUGGAAAAUGCCAAGAUUGAUCAUUUCGGUUUGACUCAUUCUUGAGCAGAAUUUUUUGCAAGUGUUAUCAAUUGACAUCAGCAGUUGUUGUGUAAUCUUUUGUGUCGAGUUCGAGACUCGUCCCCCCCCCCCACCUGCUGGAUUACUUGAAGCGAAAGUGGAGUCGAUCGUUGUGAUCUGCAUCAACACGGAUCAGACGGCGUCAUGACACAUUACACAAACCGCCAACGGCUAGUGCUGUUGCUUACCUUGGGAUGGAUUGCAACGAUUCCAGUGAUAGGUGGCCUGCAGUGCGGUCCACCACCGGCACCGCUCAAUGCCAAGAUGGUGUUAGGAGGAUCGGACCAGAUCAGCGACGACCCAAAUCAACUGCACGGCGCAGCGGCCUCCGUCACCUACGUCUGUGAUCCAGGAUUCGAAUUGAUCGGGAACCCGACCAUCAGCUGCGGCAGUGACGGCCGGUGGCAAGGAGACAUGCCCAUCUGCGCGACAAAUGUGGCUUUGCGUAAGUCGGCCAACCAGUCCAGUACGGCGAGAGGUGGAUCGGCCCUAAAUGCCAUAGACGGAGAUCGCAGCACGUUCCACGAUGUUGGCGGAACGGGCGGCCGUUGUGCGGAGACGGCCAAAGAAGCCAGCCCGUGGUGGAUGGGCGACUUGAUGAGACCUACGGCCGUCAACGCCGUUCGUGUCACCACCCGAACUUGUUGCGAUUAUAAACUACAUGACCUGGAGAUUAGAGUAGGAAACAAUACCAACGCCCAACGCAACCCGCUUUGUGCCUGGUUCCCCGGCUCAGUUGGUGACGCCGAGACCAAACUCUUCCAGUGCGCCAAAGUCCUAAUCGGUCAAUUCGUUUUCGUGCAAAUGGUCGGUGUCGAGAGCAGUCUGUCAUUGUGCGAAGUGGAAGUUUUCUCCGCUGGAGCAGAUAUCCCGCGGGAGAGUUGCACCGACUCGGCCGCGCUCGACAAAGUGGUCGCCUUCAAUCGCACUUGCUACGACCUGCAGCUGAACGAGGGCAACACAUUUGCCAAAGCCAGAGACACUUGCAUCAAGCAGCGCGGCGACUUGUGGAACAACGUUGCCAGGAGCACAUUGGAGCUCAUCACCCGUGAACUGGAGCGCAAGAAACACGCCAUGAAGUCUACAAUGGUCUGGGUGGGUGCGCAAAAAGAGGCUUCCUUCACAUCACGCACUUGGAGGUGGGUGACGGGCAAUGUGGUCGAACGGCCACCAUGGGGCCGCGAGCAACCCAACAACUACAAUGGCGAGCAGAAUUGCGUCGUCCUUGACGGCGGUCGUGACUGGUUGUGGAACGACGUCGGCUGCAAUUUAGAUCAAAUCCAUUGGAUUUGUAAAUUUCCGCCGCUCACUUGCGGUCAUCCCGAUCGACGAGUCAACAGCACCGUCGUCGGCAAAAGUUUCUCGAUGGGGGCCACGGUGGAAUAUCGUUGCCCCACCGGCAGCGUGACUUUAGGCGCAACAACCCGAUCGUGUCAAACUAAUGGCCUAUGGAGCGACGACUCGCCCACUUGCAAACACGUCGAUUGCGGUCCAUUGAAAGGCAUCAAAGACGGAGAAUUGGUCAUUGUCGACGGCCGGACCACUUUCGGUGCUAGCGUGAAAUACACGUGCGCCGAAAAUUACACGCUUGUCGGAGCGAGCAAACGCAGCUGCGCCACACAAGGCAACUGGGAACCUGAAGAGCCCAAAUGUCUUUACGGACGGUGUCCGGAGUUGCCUCCAUUUGAGCGCGGCUCAAUUACCGUGGCGGGUCUCAACGCCAACGAUACGGCCACUUAUUCCUGCGAUUUAGGUCAUAAACUGGUCGGCACCAAAGUUCUCACCUGUCGGCUGGGCGGCAUUUGGUCGGCCUCUCCUCCAGUUUGCCAAUUUGUCGACUGCGGACCGGCACCGGAACCCGCUCACGGCUCAGUUUGGCUUGUCAACGGCACCACCACUUUUUCAAGUCAGGCCACCUAUACUUGCGGAUCCGACUAUCGCCUGCAAGGACGGACCACUCGCCUCUGUCAAGAGGAUGGCAACUGGUCGUCCACUUUGCCUACAUGCAAACUUAUCGAAUGUGAGGAGCCUGACAUUCCAGCUGGCAGCUACGUCACAGGCACGGAUUUCACCAUUCACAGAGAAAUUCGAUACUAUUGCGAAAAGGGUCACGUGAUGAGUGGCGAUUCCAGGAGAAAGUGCCUUCGCUCGGGGACUUGGUCCGAUUCAGCACCGACGUGCACUUAUGUGGAUUGUGGAGCAUUGACCGAAAUCGCCAACGGGCAAAUCGCCUACACCAACGGCACGACUCAUCUCGGAAGCGAAGUGUUUUAUAAUUGCGUUCAAAACUAUCGAUUGGAAGGAUCUUCGCCGUCACGAACCUGCAUGGAGGACGGUAAAUGGUCAGGCGUAGCGCCUCAGUGUCGUGAAAUUCGUUGCCCGAUGCCAGAGCGGCCCGACGGCGUUGUGCUUAGCAUUUCCAGCUCGGAUCGCUUGCGCGCCGUCACCUUGUUGCGCAACACUGAUCGCGGUGAAGCCUCUUCCAGCAGCACUUUCCGCAUCGGAUCGAAUGUCAUCUACAAGUGCGAACGAGGGUUCCGGCUCGACGGCCGCAAUUCCCGCGUUUGUGACGAAUCUGGCCAAUGGACCGGAGAAGUUGCCGUCUGCACAUAUGUCGAUUGCGGAUCACCUGAAGAAACUGCCCACGGAACCGUUAGCCUUCCUGGCAAUACGACUUACUUGUCUUCUUACGCUCAGUACGUUUGCGAAGUUAAUUACAAGCUGGAAGGGUUCGAACGACGAAUGUGUCUAGAAAACGGAUCGUGGAGUGGAUCUCCGCCAAACUGCAAAGAAAUUACGUGUGCUGCUCCAGCGGCGGCUGAUGACUCUGGCGUCUUGGUCACCGUCACAUCAUCGACCGUGGGUAGCCAGGCAGUUUAUAGUUGCCAAGAAGGCCGACGACUUGUUGGCUCGUUGACUCGCAAAUGUCUUGUCUCCGGUCUGUGGGAAGGCAGUCAACCAGACUGUGAAUGGGUGGACUGCAACCAGCCAGAAGAAGUUGAAAACGGCCGUGUAUUCUUGGUUAAUGGCAGCACCAUUUUCGGUAGCGUGGCAGAGUAUCAUUGUCUGCCCACUUUUCAACGAUCUGGACAUUUCAGCCGGAAGUGUGGCGCUGAUGGCCGGUGGGCUGGUCUCAUCCCAUUGUGCAUCGAAGAAGGCAAACCAAUCCCUCCUUUGCAUGACAACGGUUUGGACAGUUUGUCAGCCGGAAGACAAUCCAGCGGAUCCGGAGUCUGGAUUGGUGUCGGAGCUGGAAUCGUUUUGGUUCUCUUUGUCGUUAUUGCUCUCUUCUAUUGCAAAAUGAAACGGGGUUCAUGGAUUUGGGCCGCGCCCAACGGCAAACAAAACGACUCGUCCGGAAGUAACAAGAAACCCCAGACGAUAACGAUGGUCCCACCUAACAUCCCGUUGCCACCAACUCCGCAAACACAAUUCACCAACCCCGUAGGCCAUCAGCCAACUUAUUCACAUCACCAACAGAUGCACACGCUUCCCGUCAGCCUGAACGGAAACAGCAUCUACUCGAGCACUAACGACAUAUAUGAGCAAUUGCCCGGUGAAAACCAUCACAUGUACGAUCUAACCUACGAGGACACGGCUAGUACCAGGAAGAAUCGAGCCAUACAGCCUAUUCCAGUUUCCAAUGGAUCGCCGCCACCUUCACCUCUGCCGGGAGUCACGGUCAACGGCGUUACCGUAAACGGUUUCGUCAUGGCUUAAACAUUUGGUUUGCGAAUUAGAAAACUUCUAGAGAAAGAGUCCCAUCGAUGGAUUUCGAUGGCUUGUACUUUUUUUUUGUACAUGUACAUUCGAGAUGUUAUAACCAUUAUUAUUCUCUUAUUCGAACCAAUCGAUAUCUGCCGGAGCAGAGCUGUGAUUGCACUAUCAAAGGCAUCGUUCCUUCAGUCUUUAUUUGAAACACAUAACUUGUACCAGCUCGUGGUCGAGUCCUUUUGAGCCUUAAAAAAAAAUCCUGGGAUAAAUGAAGGUUUAUGAUGUGAAUAAUUAAUCCCUCUCCCCAGUUUGUGGGGUCAAGUGAUUAACUGCUAUUUUGACAUUUUAUUGUCUUCAUAUAAAUACUUUGCUUGUUGGUUUCUGCACCUGGCUAAAAACAGCCCGGAAAACAGCAGUUAACUUGUGUUGUAAAUAAGAAACGACAUUGAUCUGUACGGCAUGCGUUGAAAUAAUUAAAUGUACAAUUGAUAUCAGAUUGAA